GCACUGAGUCACGUCAGUUAAAGCGGUGUCUAGCUGCAUCCGUUCUGCAGUGUAGAUACGCCCACAGUGGAGACAGCACCCGAAGCAAAAACGCUGGGCCUCCAGAGGGAGAGAUGCCCCUGAAAGAAGCAGCCCGGCCCUGAAGAGCGGCCUUUCCUUUCCCCUCAGGCUGGAAGUAGAGACAAGGCUGGCUGCGGACGGAGACAUGCAUCAGAUGCAGGAGGAGGAGGCGAGAGGCGAGUGAGGAGGAGCCGGCGUGCUCCCCUCCCCCCUUCCCGGUCCCUGCGUGUGUUUUCGUGAGCCUCUUCCUCCCUGUGUGGGCUUUCGCGGCCCUCCGCAGCAACAUGGAGCGCUUCCCCAGCGGUGAUCGAAUUCAGUUACCAAGGAAUAUGAUUGAAAACAGCAUGUUUGAGGAAGAGCCUGAUGUAGUUGACUUGGCUAAAGAACAUAAUUUGCACCCGUUGGAGCCUGAUGAAGUGGAGUAUGAGCCAAGGAGUUCUCGGCUUCUUGUACGUGGACUUGGAGAUCAUGAAAUGGAUGAGGAUGAAGAGGAUUAUGAAUCGUCAUCAGCUAAACUUCUGGGAAUGUCUUUUAUGAACAGAAGCACUGGCCUGCGUAAUAACUCAGCGGGUUACAGACAGAGUUCUGAUGGAUCAUGUUCUGCACCUUCUGCAAGGACCACAGUGAUUUGUGCUGUUGUUCUUGUGAUUGCUGUCUCAGUAAUAAUGGCAAUCUAUCUUCUUCCCAAAUGUACCUUUACCAAAGAAGGUUGUCAUAAGAGGAACCACACAACGGAAGAUGUAUUUCCUUUGGCAACAAAUGGAGAGCCCUUUCCAUGGGCACAUUUUAGACUUCCAGUUUCUGUUGUGCCCACACAUUAUGAUGUUGUUUUGCAGCCAAAUCUAAAUUCUAUGACAUUCAAAGGUUCUGUUCAGAUAACUGUGAAAGUUCGUCAGGUGACUUGGCAUAUUAUACUUCAUAGUUCAAAACUUAAUAUUACCAAGGCAACCAUUGCUUCAUCAGGUUCAACCCAGCCUAAACCAGUUGAACAUCUGGAAUAUCCAUUGAAUGACCAGAUUGCAAUUUUGGCUCCGGAGGCUCUUCUUGUAGGACAAGAAUAUAACAUCAGCAUGGAAUAUUCCUCUAAUUUAUCUGACACGUAUUAUGGCUUCUACAAAAUUGCCUUCAAAGAUAGCAAUUCAACAAGGUGGCUUGCAGCGACUCAAUUUGAACCCCUGGCAGCAAGAUCAGCAUUUCCAUGCUUUGAUGAACCAGCAUUCAAAGCCACUUUUCAAAUCAAAGUCAAGAGAGAAAAGCAAUAUUCUACUCUGUCAAAUAUGCCAAAGAAAGCAAUAAAAACAUUGACAGAUGAAUUGGUUCAAGAUGAAUUUUCUGUGAGUUUGAAAAUGAGCACUUAUCUAGUAGCUGUCAUUGUUGGAAAUUUGGCGAAUGUCAGUAAGCAAACAGGUGGGAUUUUGGUAUCAAUCUAUGCUGUGCCACAGAAAUCAGUGCAUACUGAAUAUGCUUUGGGUAUUACAGUGAAGCUUCUUGAAUUUUACCAGAAGUACUUUAAUAUAACAUACCCUCUUCAAAAAUUAGAUUUGGUAGCUCUUCCCGACUUUCAAGCUGGGGCUAUGGAAAACUGGGGAUUGAUCACUUUUCGAGAAACAGCACUUCUCCAUGAUGACAAAAUGUCUUCAGCAAUGGAUAGAAAGAGAGUAGCAUCAGUGAUUGCUCAUGAGCUGGCGCACCAGUGGUUUGGAAAUCUAGUGACCAUGGAAUGGUGGAAUGACCUCUGGCUGAAUGAAGGAUUUGCCACUUUUAUGGAAAACUUUGCCAUGAAAGAAGUUUUUCCAGAUUUAUAUAAUGAUGACUAUUUUCUAAGCCUGCGUUUUAAGACUAUGGACAAAGAUUCCAUGAAUUCGUCUCACCCCAUCUCCCUGGCUGUCAAGUCAUCAGAAGAAAUUGAAGAAAUGUUUGAUGCAGUCUCCUAUGUCAAGGGAGCUUCUCUGUUGUUGAUGUUGAAGAACUUUCUCCACAAUGAUGUCUUCCAAGCUGGCAUUCAGAUCUAUUUGCAUGACCACAGCUAUGGCUCCACUUUCAGUGAUAACUUAUGGGAUAGCAUGAAUGAGGUAACCAAUGGAACAGUAAAUAUAAAAACCAUUAUGAAAACGUGGACUACACAGAAAGGAUUUCCCUUAGUGACUGUUAGAAGGGAAGGAAAACGUAUCAAUUUGCAGCAAGAGAAAUUUGAGCAUGAUUUGGAAAACCAGACCUUUCCUUCAAGUUCCCUGUGGCAUAUACCUCUUUCUUACAAGGUCAGCAAUCAGAGUUCAUUCCUUCCCUUUAAUGUAUAUUUACUGGAACAAAAGUCAGGUUUUAUUGACCUUCCAGAACCAGUGAAGUGGAUAAAAUUUAAUGUAGAUUCAGAUGGUUACUACAUUGUCCAGUAUUCAGAAGAUGACUGGAAUGCUCUAAUUGAAUUACUGAAGACAGAUCCCACUGCUCUAAAUCCCAAAGACAGAGCAAAUCUGAUCCAUGACAUUUUUAAUCUAGCAGGUGUAGGAAAAGUACCUUUGGCCAAGGCCUUUAAGUUGAUUGACUAUUUAGCAAAAGAAAACAGCACUGCUCCAGUUAUGCAAGCUUUGAACCAAAUGAGUCAUAUCUUCAACCUGGUUGAAAAAAGGAGAAUGCAGGACCUUUCAUCCAGAGUACUGUACAAGAUAAACAAGUUACUCGGGGACAAGAUAAACCAACAGACAUGGACAAAUAAUGGGACUCUCUCUGAACAAGAACUGCAAUCAAACCUAUUAAGGUUUGCCUGUUCCCAUGGUUUGGGAAAAUGUGCGGAGACUGCUAGUCAACUGUUUAACAAGUGGAAGGACUCCAAUGGCACAGAAAGCCUUCCAACAGAUGUUAUGAAGAUCAUAUUCAUAGCUGGGGCAAAAAAUGGAUCUGGCUGGGAUUUCCUUUUAAGCAUGUAUCAUUCUUUGGUUUCUGAACCAGAAAAACUCAAAAUCCUUGAAGCACUGUCCAACUCAGAUGAUGUUAGAAGACUGAGCUGGUUAAUGCAAACAAGCCUGGAAGGAGACAUCAUCAGAUCACAAGAUCUUCCAAUUGUUAUAAAUACAGUCAGUCAGAAUUUGCCUGGGCACUUGCUGGCAUGGGACUUUGUCAAAGAGAACUGGGAUCAGCUUAUAAAGAAAUUUCACCGUGGAUCAUAUACUAUUCAAAAUAUUGUGACUACAACAACAUGCCACUUCUCCACCCCAGAACAUCUGCUUGAGGUUAAGACAUUCUUUGAAUCUAAGUCAGAAGAGACUUUUCAACUGCGGUAUGUCCAAGAAGCCAUUGAGACAAUUCAGUUGAACAUCUGGUGGAUGGAGAAAAACUUGGCAGAACUGACAAAAUUGCUAUAGUGGUGACAGUUCCUGGAGAGCUCCGAUUAGCCACUUGGAAUGCUGCAGCUCUUGCUCUUUUGCUGCUUGUGCAGGGAGUCAGGGCUGGAAAUGGGUGAUGCAACUGUUUUUGCACUGUGAGAGGAUUCUAGUUAGCUCAGGGUACAUCUUUUCCUAUGCUGGCUCUCUUUGGAGGGUUUGGGGACUUGACAUAUUUACUGAUUAAGAGAAUGUUUAUUCAUUGACCCACAUUCACACAAUACAAGGACGAUACUUUUUAUCAUCAUAGUACAGCUCCCUUCCAUUAUAGGAAAGUCUAGUUCCAUUUUCUUCAUACUGAAUGAGACAUCAAAACAAAAGAGAGCAAGAUGAGAACUCUCCCGAGAGAUGCUUAUUCUUUGCAAAGCACUGUUUAAUUAGCCUUCCUCAUUGUUCAUUGCUUCUUGAACUGUAAAUACUAUACCUGCUGUGAAGCAUGUGGGUUUUUAAAUUAACAUGAUUAUAAACAGCUGCUAAGAUGCACAUAAUGGAGGUGAGCAAAAAGUUGGAUUUUGGGAAGUUCUAGAUCUUGAUUUAUCAAAGCGUUUUCUAAAAAUGAUACAGAUGUCAGAAAUAUAUAUCUAUAUAUAAUAUAAACAAUUAUUGUUAGAAAUUUUUAUUUUUGUCUGCAACAUAGCUGGGUGCUAUGGAUACCAUGCACUGAAUAAUUCAAAUAGUUUUUGUAAAGACAGAGGUUAAUAUUGUGUUUGGUGGUGGUGAAGCUAUGCUGAAAAAUACAACUUGUUAAAAGCAUCUGAAUGGUAGUUCGAAGAACAUUUUAUACCAAGAAAGUCUUGUGAUAAAGAUUUCCUUUUCCCCAAGGUAUCCCAGGAAUUCAAAAUUUCUUUUUGUGAAUAUUUAUUUUUUCAUGAGAAACACCACAAGCUAGAAUUCUUAUAAUGCUGUAUUUUCUACUUCAAAAAUUGGUUUUGUCUUGCAGUGUGGCUGCAGUGUUUUACAUCCAGCUAAAUGAAGAAAAUUUUGGCCCAAACUUCUGCUUCUUGAGGAUUCUGUCUGGGUUUCAGAUCAUGUAUUCAUUUAAUUUAUGUGCCAAAUAGCAUGUACAAUACCAUUUUGGCAGUACCAGAAUUGUCAGUCUGGAAAUUCUGCAGCUUUUGAAUAAUUUAAAUACGUUGAAGUCAAGAUUAUGUAUUUGAGGAUACAUCCCUUUCUGGAAAUAGUCAUAUCUGUGCUUUAGCCAAAGUCAUUGACUUGCAAGCCAUGAGACAUGUCCAACAUGCUUUCACCAACAAUAUAAUCAUCACAUCUAUCAGUGUAAAUUAUCUCAUGCCUAUGAAGUCCUUCUUCCUUGUGCAGGAUACAAACAGCAAAGCACUUGGAGGUCAUUAAAAUAAUACAAAUGAUAUUCAAUACAGCUCCAUAACAACAUCUCUUUGAUUCAAAAUACAUAGAGAAAAUGAGCAGGAUACAUGCUUGGUUUGCGUCUUUCAACCACUUGAGCCUUCAUGUGGUAAUCCCAAAAGUUUGCAAUCUUCUGAUAUUACUUUCCUGUUGUUUUUGGUGUUGUCUAUAUCAAAAAGGAAUGCUUAAUAAACAUGUGCAAACUCUUUUCCAAAUAAGCCAUCAGCAUUGAGUCAGGAUGUUGAUGCAAAUUUUGAGUCCCUCCUUCAAUUUCAGAAAAUUGGAAAACGUUAGCCCCUGUUCAAAAGUAUAUUAAGGUAUAUGUUUGGAAGUCCAGAUGAAAGCUGUCAGAUUUAGUGGUAAUUCAAAGAUUUUCUAAAUCACUUUUGUUCAUUAGGCAAGCAAACACUGGAACGGCCCAGAGGUGAGCUAAAACCAUGUGCCCCGUCUCCUGUGGUGUUCAGAUCACGACCUGGGCUUGCUGGCCCCGCACUACAGACACCUCCCAGGCACUUUGGUGGCUGACAUCCCUUUUGCUGGUUUGGCCUACCUUGGGAUAUUUUCCAAAGACUGAUGUGUGGUGACUGCAUAUGAUUGGGCUUGUGCAUUCUUAUCCUCAGCAAGAGCAGUGAAUGUAACUUGCACGCUCCUUCUGUCAGUUGGCAGGCAUUCACUGGAGUGAUGCUAAAGGAUACAUAUAGAUGAUUUGGAGUGGGAGCCAGGGUUUUGUUGCAAUAAUUAGACUACAUGUGACAGCCAAAUUUUAGCAGGCUGACAUUUCAGAGCCAGUCACUUUUGUAAUUGAGAGGAAAUUUUCAGUAUUGAAUUAGUCAAUCAUGUCAAUAACUCUAAGAUGUUGAAUCCUAUCUUCCUAGAUACCUGCAAAACUCCCACUUGGUGUUAUUUCUAGCAUUAGAAUAGGGUAAAGACAACUGUUCCAAAUUAAAUGCCUUGAUGCUGCUAAUUUUAUUUCAUAGUUCUCCCAGUGGAUCUUCAUUAAUACAUGCUGAGGAACCUUUUAAAAUCUCUGUCUUCCUUUUGCCUCCAAUCUCAGUUUUAUAUAAUGCAGCACUGGAAAGCUUACUUUUAUGCUCCACAUGCUGCCUUUAACAUCACAGGCCUGAAACUGAUUCGUAGUAUUCUUUAAAACAAUUUGGAACCAUUGUGAAGGUAGAAUGAUUAGGUUUCCAAUCAAAUCUAGCUGUUCAGAUAUGAAUUUAACACCAUCAAAAUGUUUUUUUUUUUAAUGCUCAUAUAGAUAAAACAGUUUGUGAGGGAAGGAAUGAGUUGAGAAUGUACUUUUGAGGGCUUCUGAAUCACCAAUAGACUGAAGGCAAAUCCAUCAACAGUGAUUAAUGCAAUUUUAAAAAACUGGUUGAAAAAUUCAACAUCUUGAUGGAACCAAAAGCAUUCUCCUUGUAUAUACUCUUUUGCUAGGAUGAGAGGUAACCUUGUUUGCUGGGGAAUGAGUGAAAAGUAGGGGGAAAUUCUGUGGAAUGUGUACCUUGAAUACCGUGUUCCUUGAAUAUUAUGCUUACAUGCACUUGCUACUGGAAAUGUGACAUAUACUUGAAAAUACAGUGCAUUUGUAUUCUAGAGUUACAAACAUGUUUCAAACUUUAAGAAUAUUUUUCAAUUAUUUAUUUUUCUGUUACGAAUUCUGCAUUAGGUUGCACCAGUGUUGUUUAAAUAGAAACAGAACUUCAACUUACGGUUAGCUCAUAUCUGAAUCUAAGACCCAAGCCCCAAUGGAAAAAAUCAAAACUCUAUUUUCUUUCUGAAUUGGAAGGCGUGGACCUCGGUGGAGGGCAAGGGAGAAAUUCAAGCCACAAGUGACAACUCAUGCUUACUUAAUAUUAAUGCAACCUGAGCUUGUCUUGAGUCCCCUUCAAAAGAAAAAUGUACUGUAUUAAUAUGAGAUGUCUUUUAUCUAGUUCAGUAAUAUGGGUCAACUUUUAUGUUCUAAAGGGUUUUCUGCUAUGUUUAGGGCUAAUGUCAGUAGUUUUUGUUUCCUUCUUCAUUUGAUUUAGUUUCCUAGCAUCCAAAAACUUCCUCUUCAUGUCAGGAUCAAAACUUUUGUGUUCCUAAGAUGUGUUAAUUUACCAUUGUAUGUGUGUAUAUCUUUAUCCCAGUAAAGUGUGACAACGCCUGCAUUUUCCUACACACAGUUUUGAGAGCAUCGUCACAUGUUAUGGAAAAAAAUUGAAUUUUUGGGGGGUUUUUAAAAGCAACUUCAGUGUAGAAAUAUACUGCAGAAAUUAAUAUUUUCUCUCAGUUUUGGCUUUAAAGCAUUCUUGAUUUGGUUUUGUAUUUGAAGAGGAUCAGGCAUGACCAUAUUUUAAAUCAAAUAGUAAUAAUUGUUCUUGUGCCUUAGAAUAUAUUAUAAGGACUAUGAGAUUAAUAUAUUAAUAUAUAACAGAAGCCUGGCUUUAGCCAGACAAGCAAUCUUCUUUCACAACUGUCUUCAUAAGCUAUAAAAGAGGUGUGACUGUAGAACAAUACAAGAAAGGAAAAUAUUUAAGUUUAAGUUAAAAAUCCUUGACAUUCUGAAAUAAUAUUUGAAACAAACCUGAUUUUACUCUUUUUGGGAGCUUGGAGCUUGCAACCACUAUCCAGAGUUUGACUAUUACCAAUAGUCACACACACACACACACACACACACACACACAUGAAUAUAGAGUGAUAAAGCAUACAACUUACAUUGAUUUUCUUUUGAUUUGUUACACAAACCUUUCAGAAGUAUGUGAUGCAUACGUGUAUGUGUAUACUCUCAUAACAAAUACACAUACAUGAUUCUAAAACCAAUCACAUUUUGACACUGCUGACAAUAGUGGGGAAAGGGCAACUUGUAUGAGAAUCACCAUAAGAGGGAUUUGAAAGCCUUUAUGAUGGUAAUAUCAGAGGAAGGAAGGUACUGGCGGCCCACAGGGUGUCCCUGGUGGGGGCUUGGAAAUAAAGUUUUGUGAAGCACAGAUCAUACACCUCUUGCUAUAAUGGAAAUUAGACAAACUAGUUGAGUGGUAUGUUUUUACAGGUGUAUAUGUGUUCCUCUUACUUUAUUGUACCUCAUACAAUUUUGGCCAAUUGCCCAAAAGGAAUGGGUCACCCCCCCCCCCCCCCAGAAUGAGACCAUAGGCCACCAGCAGCUGAAUAUGCCGAUGUUGGGGUUUGAUGCAACACUAUACAUCAGAUUUUGAACAAUCAAAAGAAGGGUUGACUUCCCCUACAAAUGUACAGAGUGUGGAGUGUUGGAUUGUAUGUAAAGGGCUUCUUGUACCAUUGCUUAGGGUUCUUUAAAUAGUUGCUAAGAAAAUAGGUUCCAGGUAGAUCAGAGCUAUUGGCCAUUAUUGGGUUGUUUUGGUGGGUGGUAUUAAACUUUCUUUAAACCUCCAUCCAUCCCAUUAAAAUAGACAAAGAAGCUGGAAUUUCAAGGUAUUGGAUCUGAAUACUGAAAUAGCUUUCCAGACAAGUUUUAAAUGCACCUUCUCUAUAUAAUUGUUGCAUUUUCAGCUACUGUGAGUUUUUUUUUUCUCAUGCUGUAUCCUUAUUUUCCAGGUUUCUGGGAGUAAGGAAGUAUUCCACAUUAUAGAAAGUUGGUGGGAAAAUGUAGCUUACUGUGUGGAAAUCAUUGUAUGCUACACAGAUUGAACAAGCUCCCUUUUUUCCCUCCAGCUUUGUCAUGUGAAAAUCACACAGUAGCCUGAAAUGCAUCCAAUGUUUAAAGAAAAAAAAAAUUAAAGCUGUUUUUACAUGUGCCUUGAGACAGAGUCCAUGUGUGUGUUUGUAUACAACAGUCCAUCUUCCUCUUUCAUGUAUAAUUUGCAGUUCUGUAAACACGCACACAUAAUACAGCCGUGUUGUUUGAAAAGUCUGUAGCCAAAGUAUGGUGCAUACUCUCCUUCAAAGCAUACAAUGAUUAAGUUAAUCAGUUUUUACACAAAUUGCACAUUUGUAUUUUAAGUAUAACAGGAUCUGGGAAGUAGUGUUCAAGAGGUGAUAUUUCUGUAAUGGAUCUCACUGGUUUAAAAGUUGUCUAUUCCAUUAUAUGUUGUAUAUGUGAAUUGUAAGGAUAUAAAUAACUCUUACGGAAUGUGGACUCUUUUCCCCCUUUUACUCGCUCCAUGUUACGGGAUACUGACCCCUGAAUGGAUUUGAACUUACAUAUGCAUAUCUUUCACCUGUUCUCUAUUAGAACAUUCCCCCUUCUGAUAGUUUGGCUUUCUUCUGGAAGAUGUUAUCUUUCAGUGCAGACUGAAUGCAAUUUUUUAAAAAAUGACUCGUAUUACUGUACAUGCUUGUAUGUAUCUCACAAAUUGAGGCCUCUAUGCGAGCAAUUAGAUGAUGUUCCUUAUUUUCCAUUUCAAAGGCUGUCUUCAUUUAAAUGCAUAAAAAUGUUCUGCACAUAUUUAGAGAAAGAAUUGCAUGAGAAUACUUUCUGAAUUAUGUCCGAUUCCGGCUGGUCUUCCUACAAAAAGUUUACAGUGCUUUAUCCCUUUGACACAAUAUCUACAGUUUUUGCCACUUAAAAUGGUUGCUUUGCUAUAUUAAAUUCUCAAAUCUUAGUCAUCAAGGACUUCAGCACCCUAGAACUGCUAUGUUACUCUAACUUGUAGAAAUACAUCUCUUUACAUCUUUUUGAUCAGCACAACAAUCUGACAUUUUUAAAAAGUUAGUCGUGGCAGCUUGUAGAAGCUUACUGUAAUAAUGUAAAAUAGUUGCACAUUUAAAAAAGGAAUGGUAUGAUGAAAUUGGUAUGGAUCAUUGAAAGCCACUGAAUGCUUUUAAUUUACAAAUGAUGAAACAAGAAGUGGAUUUGAGAGUAAAUUUGUACCACAUCUAUUGAGAGAUUCAUAGUUCUGUUCAUAACAAGAUAUCUUGAUAACAUCAAAGUCAUUUUGUAAUGUCAAUACGUAAAUUAAUAUGGAAAGGAAUUAUAUAUCUGUGUUCAGUACCUUAGAGAAAGUGCAAGGUACAAUCACAUCAAAACAGUAGCACUCCAAGUUGUACAAAACUUGCCUUGUAGAGGACAUGUAUGUGUCAGACGUGUAAACACAUUAAUAUGCAAAUUUGUGGUUUUCCUUAAUUUGUAAAGAAAAAAAGCCUAUUUUCUUAUACUUUGAAAAAAAUGUGUGUAUAACCAGCACUGACUGAAGGGCAUGUGUAUUGCAAACACUGUUGCGUUUUCUUUUAUUUUGUGAAACAAAAAAUAAAAUCUUUUAAAUACUAA